ACGUUCGAAGCAGUCGCGCCGCCAAAAUACGGAAAAACAGAAAGUUGCUGCUUCUUCUUCGGCUUGCGAUUGGUUGAAAGUGUUAUUCAGGAGUUCUUGUGAACAUUUUUGACCAGCGAACUGGAUGUUACAAGCCAGACUUGUUGUGCUGCGUCAGUCAGAAAGUGAGUUUGACCAAUGGAGAUCACUCCCAAAGCCAACAAAUUACCGUGUGUGUAUUCAUCACCUUGUUAUUCAGCCGAGUCCAGCCCUUCAGAGUUCACAGAGGAAAAGCAUCGUCCUGCGCUCAGCGCCUCACUGAGGGAGAGGCUGAAGAGGACGCGGCGCUCCUUCACCUCCCCCCUCUCUGUGGCCAAACGCCUUUGCGUCGACGGCGAGGAGGAGGACGGCCGGCUCGCUCCAGCAGACUCCCGGGGGGCCGUGACGGUCCACGGCGGGGAGGCCAACAGCGCCGCGGCGAAGUCGGGGAGUGAGAGCUCGCCUGCAGCGGCUCCCCAACCGGCGCACGUCUCCUCAGAGGGCUCGGCGGCGCAGCUCAGGAAGGAGGUGAAAGAGAAAACGGAGACUCUGCGCCGGCUCAGGAUGGUUCAGAUGUACAGAGGCAAGAAUGACCUGACGCAGCUCCAGACUUUGAUCGACAAGUGGCGGAGCUGUGCUCAGGCCGCUCUGUAUGAGCUCCAGUCCGAGGUCCCCAUCGAGGGAAGAAAGGCUGACCUGUGCGAGCUCGUCGACCUCUUUGGUCUGGAUGACGGCGUUCUGCGCUUCGACCGAGCCGAGGGCGACUUCACUACGUAGCGCCAGAGGAAGGACCUUAAUAAAAGACACUGCAAAGGAGUUAACGCCACGCAUUUAGUUAUUUAUUGUUUCCCCUUUGUCCCUGUUCACAGCAGAAGCGCACGAAACGUUCUGUUAAUUAGCCCAGAGAUGUGUAAAUAAAGGUGUUUUCUCAUGA